AUGGAAAGGUUGAAACUUACUAUUGAAAUACCACCCAGCUUUCCAAGACUUUCUCCUCUUGAUCAGACAGCUGUUGAGCUCGACUCUUGGGGUGUCCGAAGCAAUGUUAGAUUGCACAAUUUGGAUGACAGGCUCGAUAUAACUGCAUCUUUCACAAUCCACUCGGCAGUAUUCCUUACGUAUCUCCCCAGAUACCCCCUCAAGCUCGAGAGAUCCAAACGUCGGAAGAUCAUAAAAACUGAAGAGCCACCAACGAGGACUAAUGCGCUGAGACACUGGCUAGCACUGUGUCCUGUUCUCUUGGAUAAUGAUAUGGCAAGUUGUGGCUAUUACGAUGUGCAGAAUUCAUGGAUGCCUGGAGCGAGCCCGACAUCAAUCAACGCCAGUACCUCGGGGAGUGUCUCUAUUGACACAGAAAGAGCGGAGAAUCAAGGGAGCCCAAAGGAGAAGACAUCCUUCGCAGGAAGAAGGAAGAAUCUUUUCAUCAUCUAUGAACUGAAUGUUUAUGAUCGCCGCUUCAAUGUCUUCAGGACACCAUUUGCCUACUUAUUUACACCAAGUCAGAGCCGGGCACACGAAGAAGCUGAUCAAAGCAAACUACGAGUGUAUAUACCAAUUACUGUCCUCAUUGACAAUAUGUGUUGCCGGGACCGGAUAGCUCAGUGGCGAUAUUCAUACACUGUCUACAGACUUGGAAGCAUACUUGGAUUGUCGGGUCGCUACCCACACUACAUAUCCAACUCAAUGGGAGUGUUGAGUCGUCUUCCUGGCUACGCGGGCGUUGUGGGGACGGGUUUAUUGAAGAACGUUCGUCCGUGGAGAGGGAGAGGAGCGGAAGGAGGAAGGGCUUCCUCCAGAUUCAUUGGUUUCAUGUCAUUUGGGAUUUAG